UUAUCACUUGUAAAUAAGAUAAUUAAACAUGAAAGUUAAAACUCGUUCCUUCGUCCUAUGCUUCGCAGUGUUAUUUACUAUAUAUUUCCAGUUUAAAAUUAUACAACAUGGUGCUAAGAAGAGUUCCUAUAGAGGGGAUAGCAAACAUCGUCAUCAAUUAGAAAAUUUACUGGUAAAGCCAUGGAGAAAUUCUAUUCGAAAGCAACCUGGAGAUAUUGAAAUAUCGGCAGCUUCGUUAGAGGCCUACACACCCGUUCCUGGUAAUUACCACAUUUAUGGAGAUAAAAACAAUUCUAUACACUCGUCCUCCCGGGAAUAUGACUUCGGUAUUAGGCCUAUAUCAGAGGAACUGCAUAAACCUACAAGAUCCAAAGCUAAUGAACACAGCGAACUACCACCUUAUAAGUUAUUCAACGAGCGAAUUGGCUUAGGCGGGAAAUUGUACCAAGACGAGUUUGCAGACGAUAUACGGAGCUUGGAACGUAGUCUAGUAGAAUCUAAGAUUAUUGCCGUGAACAUCCCAGAAUCUGGAACACAGCUGAAGUGGGAGUCGGUGCUUCAAGAUGGCAAUCGGGUCCUUGUGAAACCGAUGAGAGCUCCCAGAGGGUUCAUGACCGGACGAGACUGGAUAGGAGAUAUAGAAAGACAUACCUCGGAGAUUGCUGCAUAUCAUCUCGACAGGAUUCUUGGAUUCAAUCGCGUACCAGUAACCGUUGGUAGGAUCAUCAACAUUACUCGGGAAUUGCGGGAUUUGGUGAAAGACGAAGCUUUUUUGAAAACUUUUUCGAUAAUGAAUGGCGAACAUUGUUUCUAUGGAGUCUGUAGCGGUCCUUUCUGUAAACCAGACGCAAAAAUUUGCGCCGAUAACGAAUUACUCGAAGUUUCCAUGACAACUUAUGUCUUCAAACCAUGGCACGAAGAAGUGAAUCCUUGGACAUUCAACCCAGACCGUGUUGAUAUAUGGGGAAAAGCGAACAUUUGUAAUGAAGUACUUUCGAAAGAAUUUAUUGGCGACGAGCACGCCUUGCUGAAUCUGAUCGAUUCAUCUAUUUUGGAUUUCCUGCUUCGUAAUUAUGAUAGGCACGCCUACGCCUAUUUUCCAGACCUGGGAAUGUCGGCCAUGUUCCUUCAUUACGAUCAUGGAAAAUCGUUUGGAAAUUUCACGGAUGAUGACUUGCGUAUACUAGCUCCCCUUGUACAAUGUCAAAGGUGA